CGGUGUCAUCACAACCACAACAAAGCCACGUGGGGAGAAAGCGUUGUGUCGCUGUGCCGCUCUUGUUCUGUGGUGCCCUGAAUACAAGGAAUAAUGGCCGAGUUUGUGGAGUUUCGCAUCGAGGAGACCAUCCCGGAGGUGGAGGACUUGGAAAGGCUGGGGAUCCUGACCAGUAAGGAAGUGAAGAAGUUGAUACAAAAGCGAAGGGAGUUUGAAUAUCGUCUGGCAAGAAGAUCAAAGAAAAAAAUAGAUUUUGUUAACUACAUCAAUUAUGAAAAGAAACUAAUUGAGCUCAUCAGUAUAAGAAGAAAGCAAUUUGGUGUAAAUGAGAAGAAGCACCUGAUUGAGACGUCAAUAGCUCACCGAGUGUUGAAGUAUGCACGUCUCCUGACCCGCCUGUGGCCCUCACACCUGGACACCUGGGCUCUCAGGAUCACCUUCUCACAAUUCAUUGGAUGGAAAGAGGAGAUUAGUAGUGCAUAUAGACAGCAGGUAAAGUUUCAUGGGAAUUGUGAAAGUGUAUGGAUUUCUUGGGCCAAGUGGGAAAUUGAGGAGAGACAAAACUUUGACAAGGCAAGAGAAAUCUUACUUUCAAAGGCUCCUCUUUAUCAUCCAAAGUCACAACUGCUCAAGCGAGAGAUGUUUCGCCUAGAACUGCUGUAUGUGGAGAUGCUGUUCAAUAAUGUCAAGCACAAGAACAUAGCUGGGCUUGAGGAAGUAAUCGCUGAAAACCGGGGAAAGGUGUUGAAGUGUGCUGUGGCUCAAACAGUGUAUUUGCAUGCUGUGAACACACUGCCAGAGCCUGAACUGUACCUCCAGUUGUACCAGGUGGCGGAUAAAUUUCCGUUUGCACACGAAUUACGAGAGGAAAUAUAUAGGGAUCUUUGCACCAAAUUCCCUGGUGCAGAAUGUCUGUGGAAACUUAGAGCCCAGAGGUUGAUAUCAGGACUUGGGGAAGCUAAGACUGAACUCCUUGACAGCGCCAUCACUAAUAAGGAAAAUAAUGAUGUAGAAAAUGAAGGGGAUCCUGCAGAAAGCACAGACAAAUUAAUUGAAAAAGGGGGAAAGAGAAAAGACACUGAAAUUGAAGCAAAGAAAGAAGGCCAUGAAGAAAGUAAUGAAGAAGAAGAAGAGGAAGCAGAUGAGGAAGAAGGGGAAGACAGUGGUGUAGAGGAGGAAGAUGAAGAGGUGGAGGGAAAAGAAAGUGAUGCAGAAAAUGAAGAGGUAGAAGAAGAGGAGGAUGAGAUGGAAGAGAGCAACAAUGAAGAAGAAAGUGUAAUGAAAGGGGAUGAUGAUGAUGAUGAAAAGGAAGAAGAAAGUGGCAAUGAGGAGGAAGAUGAAGAGGUGGAGGGAGAAGAAAGUGAUGCAGAAAAUGAAGAGGUAGAAGAAGAGGAGGAUGAGAUGGAAGAGAGCAGCAAUGAAGAAGAAAGUGUAAUGAAAGGGGAUGAUGAUGAUGAUGAAAAGGAAGAAGAAAGUGGCAAUGAGGAGGAAGAUGAAGAGGUGGAGGGAGAAGAAAGUGCUGCAGAAAAUGAAGAGGUAGAGGAAGAGGAGGAUGAGAUGGAAGAGAGCAGCAAUGAAGAAGAAAGUGUAAUGAAAGUGGAUGAUGAUGAUGAAGAGGAAGAAGAAAGUGGCAAUGAGGAUGAGGAAGAUGAUAACUCAGAGGACAUGGAAGAAGAGGAAGUGGAAAACAAGAACAGUGAUAAGAUACAAGAGAAAGACACACCUCAUAGUAAAGAGAGUAGCAGUGAAUGUGAGGCAGAGAAGAACACGAGGGAAAUUAAGAGUACCAUCUGUGUGGAGACAAUUGCCAAGGAUGUCCAGGAUGAAGCAGCAGCUGAGGAGGUCAAACAAGAGUCCCAUGACCCCAAACUCGACCUGUCCACACCAGCUGAGAAAUUAGACCCAAAAGGAAAGUUGGCACUGUUCCUCUCAAUAUUUGAUAAAGCCAUGGAAGUCGUGGGUGGAAAGUUUGUGAACACGUACAUUGAUGAGCUGCUGCCACUGCUGCACCAGUGCUGGGGCAUGCCAGACAUGACCACCACUAUCUACAAGACUCUCCUGAAGCUGUUUGAGCAACACACUGCACAGCUCUCACCUCUACAUUUUUAUAUCUGGUACCAGGUGUUGUGCCAGCAGCCAGAGGACAAGCACAAGGCUCAGGCAGUGUUGGAGCGUGGUGUGCAGCAGCAUCCUGCUGCCUCCCACCUGCAGCAGGAGUUGGCCUGCUGCAUUGUUAGAGAGGCAGAUGAUGACACUCAGAUCAUGAAGGAAUUCAAAAAGGUUGGCCCCUUACUGAAAGGCGAGAGUGGUCUGGUGGCCUGGAAGGAGUUUGCCAAGCAUCUGUGUAAAGACAGCAACAAACUGAAGCUGUUCAAGGCCGCCAUGGACCACGAGGACCAGACGGUGGCCCGGGGCAUGAGGGUGCUCCACCUCCAGGACACGGGCUUGCAGGAAGGUAUUGCUGGGGCUCGGAAACUGUACCAGAAGCUGAAGUGGAGACCACCUUUCUGUGCCCACCUUCAGGCCCAGAUGGUGGAACUUGAGUUAGCCCAAGUCACAGUGAAUGCUGAGGCUGUGAGGGAGGUGUUCAACAUUAGCAUUCAGCAGCAGGGCUCCUCAAACCCAGGAAUGUGGUUAGCUUAUGUUCAUUUUGAGAAGAAGCACGGGAAUCCACUGAGGGCGGGAGGACUCCUCACCAGGGCAGAGAAAGAACUGGAGGCUCAAAAGGCAAAUGUCUUUCAUGAGCUCAAUUUGAUAGUUCAAGAUAUACUGAAGAAGGGAGCAGCAUCUGUGGGGAAUGAGCACAGUGACAGAUUCUUUAUUGAGAAGAGUGAAGAUGAGGAGAGCCAGUCCAAGGAGGAUGUUGAACCUCGACCUGCAUUAGCAUCUCUCUUUGAGGAGGAACUAACUCUGUCCUACACACCAAACAAUGAACGCACUGCUUUCUUUUCAGCUCUUCAUUCUGUGGAAAGAAAAUUGAAGAAAGGUGAUAAACCAGUGCAGGCAGAUGAUGGAAGGGCAUGGGAGAAGGUGUUGGAACUGUUGCUGGACCACAAGAUCAGCCUCGACAUUCAGGAAGUGAAGGUGGAAACUGCUCUUACAGCAGAGGCUGAUAAGUCUGUCAUAAAGAAACGUGUUAAACCAAGAUUUAGGCAAAAGUAUCGACCAACAGAUCAACUCAACCCAGGGGAAAGAAAAAGUGGAAGAACAGUAAAUGAUGAUGACAUUGAGAAAAUACUUGCUUCAUCAGAGGUCCUGAAACCUGACUUCAUGAAAAAGACCUGCCUUACUCCAUACUUUGUCAGCAAGAAGAAGGCCAAAGAAAUCCGCAAGAAAGAGAGUGAGAAAACCAAGGGUCCCGGAUGGUUCAACAUGAAAGCGCCUGAGCUGACAGAAGAAGCCAAGCGAGACCUGGAGGUGCUGCAGAUGCGCUCUGUCCUUGAUCCAAAGAGGCACUACAAGAAUGACAUGAAGGUCCUGCCCAAGUAUUUCCAGCUUGCUGAGGUAGUUGACAGCCCUGUUGAUUUCUACUCUUCCCGCGUCCCAAAGAAGCAGAGGAAGCGUACCAUGGCAGAAGAAAUCAUGCACGAUGAGGAAGCCCUGAGAUACCAAAAGAAGAAGUAUACUGAGAUAAUAGCAGCCAAGCAGAAGAAGCAGUUCAAACAUCCCAGUGUACUCAGAAAAAAGAAGACAAAAAAUGUAUCCAAAAAGAAAUGAAAAAUGUUGUUGAUAGUGUGAUGUUAAUAUAUUUUAUGCAUUUUUUUGUUUGUUUUUGUUUAUGUAAUUACUGUAUCAAUUAAAUAACCUUAACUGAA